GUUUGACUUUGAAGUAUGGAACCUCCCUCAAAAAACUGUUUUUCAUUCAAUUUUCGAAUUAAUCAUGACAGAUAGGAAUUAAGGUGAUUUUUCAAUUUUCAUUCUGACGUGUCUGUUUCGACUGUUUUCCUCCUUGGAAAGUGGAUCAGUUUAAAUUUUAUCCUUUGACAAGAUGCCGCUCGAGUGUCGUAAAUCUUCGCUGGGCUUUCAACCUCAAUUGGAAAACAAAUUCUGCGUUUUGUUAAAUACAGUUUGUGAGAAUGACGAGUCGUCUGUCAAAUUUUUGAACCGGGUUAAAUUCUAUCUAGGAGAAUGCCUCGUCACAAGGGAAAUCGGGCCGAAAUUACACUUUUGGCUGAAAAGGCUUCGAAGUUUCAUAAACAUAUAUAGACUACGGUUCUCCAAAGAAGAUCAUAUCACAUUUAUAAAAUUGAUAUACAACAUUCUGGAUAUAAUCGGAUUGGAUGAAGACAUUCUUUUAACCUCUUUAAACGUUUUACUCAAACUUUUAAAGUGGAAACGUCUGCUAUCUCCUAAGGAGCUUACAUUAGACUGGAAAAUCUUAGAUAAAUUAUACACACGGAAUUUCAUCGAAUCCAACAACAAAUAUAAAAUACGUCCUAACUUGAUGUUAAAAGGAAAAAUAUUGACUGUCAUCUCCUCCAGCAAACCAUACUUCACUGCUGCAGCUACAGAAGAAAUAUUUAACUACAAGAAAAGCAAAUUAUAUCCUUUGGACCCGCUUAACACAGAUAGUUUUAAAAAUGCAGCCGAAUAUAUUCGUUGGUUUAUACCAACCAUUACGGAAUAUGGGAAUUCUCCACAGCAUGAUAAAUGGUUACCUCAUAUCAUGUCUAUUUGGGAAUCCUACAAAUGUUAUAAAUUGGAGGAGAGUUUUAUGGCGCUGUUGGCUCACACCGGGAUAAAUCACGUGGGACUUAUAAAUUGGGAGCCAUACAUGGGAUUUAUAUACUCCAGAAUCUUGGCAAGUUUUCACUUUCCUGUACAUUUCAAAGAGACUAUCAAAGAAAAGGAAUCCGGCGGAGUUAACUUGUAUACUGCAUCAUUAUGGAUCAUUUCAACACUGGGUGGUGGUUCUAAUGGACAGUUCUAUUUGACAAAACUCAUGCAGUUUGUGGCUCCAUAUUGUCAUUCGGUAAACAAUGGAUUGUGGACAAAACAUCUGAUGCAAUUAUAUGAAAGUCUUGUCCAAAUUUUUAGUAAUAGGUUAAAAAGAGAAAGGAGACAUAAUGGGGAUAUUUCUUGGGCUGUUUGUACAUCAAACGAUAACAAAUUAAAUGACAAUGACAUAGAUGAAUUUUUCAAUUGUCUUUUCCGCCAGCCAUUUAUAGACUCUCUCGGUGUAUCAAAAUCAGUCCAAAUCUUGGCAGCAUUAAAACCGAAUGUUGUUCUACCUACUUUAAUCCAGUUGUAUGAAGAUUCAAUAAAUGAUAUAUGCAAGCCCUGGAAGAAUAUUAUUGCAUUGCAAAACAUAACAGCGGCAUCUUCAGUAUUUGUAAACAGCAACAAAUUGAAUUAUCCAAAUGGUAUCACAUUCAUCAUUCCAACACUUGCAAAAAUAAUUGGAAAUAUACGUCGAAAUGAUAUGGUUCAUGUUUUGACUUCGCUUCUAGCCAUCGCUGAGUUUUUAGAAAACUUACCAAUUGUGGAUUCAUCUAUGUUCCCGUUUCCUGAACAGUUAACAACAGAAGAAGCUAUUGUCAAUGCUGAUACUAUUCAGUUUGAAGAAAUAAUUCUCCAAGUUGUCAAUAUUAUUUUCGAUAUGAUAGACACAUCUACAUAUUUACCAACUCGGGUUGACUCUCAUUCGGUAGAGUUUACUACUUUAGAUGUCCACGUAUUGGCGGUUAUUAAUUCAUUGAUGACUAAUAUACUUCCCAACUUGUCCGAGGACAUUUUUAACGAAUGCUUGAACAAAUGGAAACAGUUUUUACUUGGUGGGUUCAAAGAGAUAAAAGUGUCAGGGCAAUACAUAGCAAUUAUCACAGCAUGUUUUUGUCAGUCAAGGCCUAAAUUGGUUUUACCCAUUCUUUUACCUCCUUUAUGUGAUUGCAUCUGCUCUUCAGUUAAUCAGUGUGGAAAUAUUAAAGAGGACGAAUCAAAAGAAGCCGUUUUAUACUAUCUCUGUGUAACAAGCAAGAUACUAAAUUGCCAAUCUACAGAUGUACUCCAGUAUAACCACCUUAUUGAGAGAAUUCUUGAAUCGGUUAUUCAUUUUGAUUUUAGAGAUGGGGUUCUUCUUACAUCAGAAUUAUUAAGUAACGUUUUACAAAGCCUGAGUUCACACAAAGUAAUAAUGGAUACCGCAGUAUCAGCUUAUAGUACCUCUAUUCUCGAACAGCUGCCCAUAAAGGAUUGGGGAUUAAUAAGAGAUCUUUCUGAUGUUAAACUAAUCUACUGUUCUCCAGGACCAAAUGAGAUUAAAUGCGUGAAUAACAUAAUUCAAAAUUACAUUUGGCCUUCAGUGGAAAGUUUAAAUAGAUUUAUUGCUAAUGACUCACAAUUUUCAAGGGAUGAAAUUGAAAAACACCUGAAUAUUGUUAAAAGUUUGACAACAAUAAAUGCAGUUCUCCCAGCAGUUGAUGAACCGUGCUCAUUUGAAACUGAUUCUACUGAGAUCAACCAUAUGUCGACUUUCUUACUUCCAAAAUUGGACAUCAAAACACCAACAGGGGAAAAUAUGAGAACUUAUUUGCUUAAUCUUAUGAUUAGGCUUCAUGUUAAAUUAUCUGAGUGUGAUGAAGAUAACACAAGAGCAUUUGAAAUAAUAAUAGAGAUUCUAUCAAGUAUUCUGCAUCAAAAGGUUAUAUUAAAACCAAAACCCUGUGCCACAUUCAAGAAUCCUCUGGCCAAAAAGUUAAUGUCAAUACCCUACAUCAAAACAAACGUUAACUAUGUUUUGAAAUUGAUUCAACAUGAAGAAACGUACCCUUUAACGAAAACUAUUUGUGAUAGUAUAAACACACUGUUACAACUUACGCUUUCUCACUAUCCAAAGGUUAGUUGUGAUGCAAGGUCGUCGGUACAUACAAUGUUGAAGAAACACCCAAAAACUAUUGACUUAAUAAUACCAUUUGUUGAAAAUACUUUAAGUGCUACUCAUUCUGAAAGCGCUCCAGAAUACAAGAAUAUACUGACCCUGCUUUGUAUGAUUGUUAAUAAUAAGAGGGUAAUUACCACUUCAGAUAUUUGGCCAUAUAUUCUGAAACAAGAAUUUCCCCAUCAAAAUAUAACUAUAGGACUGUUUUCACAAAUCAUGAAUUUAGUCAGUGAUGAUUACAGUUUGCGUUAUUGGCUACAACAAAUACCCGACGACCUUGUCACGAUAGCGCACUCACUUUGCGAUUCUACUGUCAAUCCUUCCAAUCCAAAUAGUACAUCUGUCACAGAUAUUGAAAUAGGGAGAAAAAAUGAAAUUGAAAAUAACACCAAAUUAAAAAAAAACUACGCGGCACUUGUUGAGAAGCUCCUUCAACAUAAUAAAUUAUAUUGGCAGUUUGAAAAAUUAAGAUUGAUAUUUUUGAGAAAGCUAUCAGUUUUAGAUAUUUCUUAUUCUCCAUCAGUUCUUCGCCUUGUACUUAAUACACUUUUGGAUUCAUCUGCUGAUUUGAGAAAAGAAGCAUUGAUCUGCUUUAAUUGUUCCAUUAAACAAUUUGAGAGCACUAUAAAACCAGAAAUUGAAAUACAACAGUUUUUGGAAGUUGAUGUUAAUCUUAGUGCUUGGUCGUUAGGAGAGGAUUCCACAACUGAUCUCAUACGGUUCAAAAAAGACAGAAAUUAUGAUACUAAAUUUUUACACAAAUCUCACAUUGGAUAUAUUUCUUGGCCAAGGACAAUUUUUUCGCCAAAAAGGCCUUAUGCUUGUAACAAGAUCCUUAUUGAGUUCUUUACACCAGAAAACAUAGCUACAUUUUAUCGGUUAUUCUGUUGUGAUCCAUCGAGUGCUAUUCUUCAAUGCAAUAUUUUAUAUUUUUUUAAACAUUUGUUCAGAAAUGCAAAGCCUUUAAUUCAUUUGUUUUUAAAUGAAGCCAAAAGUUUUUUAACGAGUAACCAUGAAUGGGAUCAAUUUUUAUUAAUUUCUACCAUUGAGG